AUGGAUGUACUUGGAGUUAACAUGAAGAGUGGCAAGAGAUCAUAUGCGAAGAGAAGUAAAAAAGCGAUCAAGGUCGUGUAUAUAUCCAGCCCUAUGAAAGUGAAGACUAGUGCCUCGGAGUUCAGAGCUCUUGUGCAAGAACUUACCGGCAAAGACUCCGAUGCUGCACGAUUUAUGGACAUUAAUGGUGCUGAUGAGAUUUCUCACCAAAGGGCUGAAUAUGAUCAUCGUGUAUCGGCAGUUCCUUCGACAAAUUCGAAUCAAUCACCAUCAACAACAAGCUCGGAGUCUUUUCUCGAGUCAUUUGACCGAGAACUUUUCUCAUCUAUGGAAGAGAGUAUGAGUUCUUUCUUUGAGUGCUAG